GACAUGGGCUAAAGGAGCUUCCUGUUAUCUGUACAAUAAAAAUCUGCAGAUUGUGAUCAAUCAUUGUAGCACCAUUAUAUGAACACAGUCAAAGUGAUACUCAUUUCUUCUCGACUCUGAGAGGGACUAUUAUCAGAAUGGAUCUGAUGGAGAUCGAUGAGAGUGUACAUAUGAAGAGGAGCCUCACCAAGGAUGGCCUUGUCACCAAAGUUGAUCUUCAAGAGAGAAAGCCCCCCUCCAGAUGUUCCCCUGUGUGUCUCGGAUUAAUGUGCAUGCUCUUUUUUGCUGCAAACUUAGGACAGUUUCUCUACUAUUACAUGGCCAUCAAUCCCUUGUCAGAGGACCUUAUUCGUACUGCUUACAGCACUAGAGGACACUUAGAGGCCACAUUGAGUAGCGUGACAGACGAGAAAGAGCCGCUGCAGAAAAGCUGCAACACCUUAAAACAAGAGAGAGAUCAGCUAGCGACAAACUACAGUAGUUUGGAAACAGUGAGAGAUGACCUGACUAGAGAGAGAGACCAACUGCAGCAAAGCUACAACAGCCUAAAUCAAGAGAGAGAUCAGCUACAAACAAACUAUACCAGCAUUCAGAACAAUCUCAACAACCUGCAGAGAGAAAACAAUGACUUACAGACUCAGUUUAAUACCAUGAGAACAAACAGAGAUGAGUUACAGAGGAGUAAUGCUGCACUGAUGAGUGAAAAGGACCAGUUGCAAAGAAGCAAAAACAGCUUGCAAAGCCAAUUUAAUACUCUGCAGAGGGAGAAAGAUCAGCUGAGGACCGACUACAACAGUUUGACUCAUGUUAGAGAUCAGUUACAGCAGAAGGUCAACAAAACAGACAAACCUUGUCCAGUGGGCUGGAGAAAGUUUGGUUGCAACAAGUGUUUCUAUGUUUCAACUCAAGCACGUUCCUGGUCUUCAAGCAGAGACUUCUGCAUUUACCAAGGAGGUCAUCUGGCAAUCUUAAACAACAGGGAUAAAAUGAUGUUUGUCAACGGGUUGCUGAGACCACGUGUUAAUGCCUGGAUCGGUCUGACUGACAUUGCUAGUGAGGGGACCUGGAAGUGGGUGGAUGGGACCAACGCCACAACUACAUUCUGGAAGCCUGGGCAGCCCGACAGCUACGGAGGAGACCAGGACUGUGUACAAAUUGUGCAGGGUGGAGAAGCUGGAGACUGGAAUGACAAAGGGUGUCAUUUUCCAAAUGUGUGUGUGUGUGAAAAAGCCCUGUAAUACACAGAUAAGCUAUUCU